GUGAGUCAUUGUAAUUUCCCCAGAAUACUCCGUCACUCACAUUCUGGCGAAUUCUUGUCACACAAUUCAGAAAGUGUAGAACUUCUUUAGAGCUAAUCUCAAUCAAAUAAACAGUCAUCACAUUGCUCUCGGCGCACAACAGUUACCCGGGUCUGUAAGGUGUGGCGCUAGGACCCAUAGCCGAUUUCUUCACCAGUGCGCUACUAUUGCCAACGAUCGUGCACUUCUUUAAUAACUCCCUUGGUUCAUAGUCUGCACGUGUCUGUCAUCCAAAGUGGAUAUGGCUGCGAACCGGGUCGGGAGGAGAUGUAACAACAAGGUCCAUUCCCCGAGUAGGGGUCCAGGUAGGGACCCGGGGCUUAGCUUGCAGAAGAGGCAAGCACGGGUCACGGUAAAGUACAACAGAAAGGAGCUCCAAAGACGCUUGGAUGUGGAGAAGUGGAUUGACUGUAGUCUGGACGAGCUCUAUGUGGGCAGGGAGGAGGAGAUGCCGGAGGAGGUGAACAUCGACGAGCUGUUAGACCUGAAGAGUGACGAGGAGAGAACUCACAGGCUCCAGGAAAUGUUUCACACCUGCAAUAACACAGAGGUUUUCAUCAAGGAGCUGGUGUUGAAACUCCACGGUCUGCAGAAACAGGAGGACCUCCACAACGAUGGCAUCGAACAACCCCAGCUACACAUCUUCCCCAACCGGCAAGAUUCUGCAGACCGAGAGGUGAUCUGAAGGCCCUGUUAUGUUACCCUUCAAACCCAGCACCCCAUUCCCCAGCCCGAUGUCAUGGACCUCACCUGAAAAACAUGCAUAACGUUGAGUCUUGCGGGUCUAUACACUUUGCGCUACACACUGUCAAAUACACAGAUCUGACCACUUAUCAGAAACAUUGCAGACACCUUAUCUUCUGUCCUCACACACACACACACACACACACUACAAUGCACAGGCAGUCCCUGCAACAUUUGGACCUCUCCAAUGUCAUAUGAAUUAUGUUUUAUUUUUGUCAACUUAUAAAGUGUCCGUAUUGUGUGAAACAGGCUGCUUCUCUGUUGGGUCGCUACUGCUACUUGUGUUCUGUGUUUCCUCAAAUUGUUCUCCUGUUCUCUCUUAUUUUCCAGUACAUUGCAUAAUGCUUUUAUUGGAAAGCCCAUGAAGGUGUAAAACUGUUGGUCUGUGUCUUAUGUUGUGAGAUGCACCUCUAAUUCUGUUUAACUCAUAAACCAUAGGCAGAGUCCAGUAACAUACUGUAGGUACCAGUGUCAGUCUGAAGGUAAGAAAGACCACUAGGCUUUCAUAUAUCCCAAUGGGUUAGUUGAUUGUACCUAGCUAGAAGCAGGCCUACCAUAUUUUCAAACUGUAUCCAGCAACAUGAGACAAUAGUGGUCAAGUGGAAGAAAAAAUCUCUCUCUCUCUCUCUCUCUCUUGUGAUAUUCCCAAUGAGUUUAAUGACCAUAUACAUAAAGCUACAAAGGAUAUUUUUCAUGAAGACCAAGCAGUAUUGCUUGGCAGGUUGUCAACUGUCACUCACAAAGUGCGUUUAGGCUAGCUAUUAAGGAAAAUGUACGAUAACAUUUAAAGCUGUCAGCAAUACCAGGUCCUUUAUUUCUUACCCAAGUGUUUGUAUGUCUAUAGAUGGAAUGCUGAGGAUUUUUCAGUCAGCUAAAGGAUAGUACCCCAACUGCUUCACUGUUGCCCAUCAGGUACACAAUGUUUCGUUUUGCAUCAUUUUCAACACGGUUUGUAAAUGUGUAGUUCUCUGGCUGGUUGUAAUUGCUUGUAUAUUUGGUUUGAAUAGAUUUUAAAUUUAGCUUUUCCAAGAGUAACUUUAAAUCUUUAGGAUUCAUACAGUAUAGCGUUUUCUAGAUUAGAGGCUGUAUUUACGUAUUACCGCAAGGUAGUGUUGGCCAAUGUGUUUAUUUAUUGAAUUGUUUUAUUUUUUAGAUGUGAUUUAUGGAUAAACAGCGCCCUCUCCUGGCUAAAUGUACUGAGCAGUAAUUUACAACAACAUUACAUUUGACCAUGACAGUCUACUCUGCACA